AUGGGCAACAAGUUAAAUGUGCUCAAUAACAUUGGUAUCCCAUGUAGGGAUGGCAACGGGGCAGGGCCCUUCUGGGCCGAGGAGAAAAUUGAACUGCUGCCGCAACUGAUCCCAUCCUAUAAAGGAGGAUACUGCAGGCGGAAUGAAACACAGCAGCAGAAAGGAGAAAAAGAAAUGGAGUACAGAGGUCAUGUAGUAGUGGUACCUUACCCCAGCCAAGGACACAUCAAUCCUCUCCUCCAAUUCGCCAAACGCCUAGCCUCGAAGGGUGUCAAAGCUACACUAGCAACAACCCGUUACACAGUCAACUCCAUCCGUGUACCAAAUAUUGGGGUGGAGCCCAUCUCUGAUGGCUUCGAUGAGGGUGGUUUUGCUCAAGCUGGAAAGGAGGAUGUAUACCUCAAGGCAUUCAAGGCCAACGGCUCCAGAACUCUGUCCCAACUCAUCCACAAGCACCAACACACUACCCACCCAAUCAAUUGUGUUUUAUACGAUUCAUUUCUCCCAUGGGCUCUAGAUGUUGCCAGGGAACAUGGCAUACACGGAGCUGCGUUUUUCACAAACUCCGCCACCGUGUGCGCCAUAUUCUGCCGCAUACACCAUGGCCUACUUACUUUGCCGGUGAAGCUAGAGGACACUCCCUUGUUGCUGCCUGGUUUGCCUCCAUUGAACUUCCCAGACUUGCCAACUUUUGUUAAGUUCCCAGAAAGCUACCCGGCUUACUUGACUAUGAAAUUGAGCCAGUAUUCUAAUUUGGACAAGGUUGAUUGGGUAAUUGGGAACUCCUUUGAGGAAUUAGAAGGCGAGGCGGCAAAAUCCAUAUCAGAGCUCUGGCCAGGGAUGUUGGUCGGUCCAAUGGUGCCGUCAGCCUACCUGGAUGGCCGGAUUGAUGGGGACAAAGGAUAUGGAGCGAGUCUAUGGAAGCCACUGAGCGACAAGUGCAUCAAAUGGCUAGAAACGAAGGCACCCCAGUCGGUGGUGUACGUCUCCUUUGGAAGUAUGGUGUCACUGUCGGCAAAACAAAUGGAAGAGAUCGCGUGGGGAUUGAAGGCGAGUGGGCAACAUUUCCUGUGGGUGGUGAAGGAGUCCGAACGAAGUAAAUUGCCAGAAGGAUUCAUAGACUCAGCAGAGGAGCAGGGUCUAAUCGUGACAUGGUGCAACCAACUGGAAAUGCUAGCACAUGAAGCCAUCGGGUGCUUUGUAUCACACUGUGGGUGGAAUUCAACGCUAGAAGGGCUGAGCUUGGGUGUGCCCAUGGUGGGAGUGCCACAAUGGACUGACCAACACACUGAUGCUAAGUUUGUGGAGGAGAUUUGGGAAGUGGGGGUGAGAGCUAAGGAGGAUGAGUUGGGAAUUGUAAGGAGAGGAGAACUCUUAAUGUGCUUGAAGGAAGUAAUGGUAGGGAAGAGAAGCGAAGAGAUCAAGAGGAAUGCCAGUAAAUGGAGGCGAUUGGCCAAGGAAGCCAUCAGUGAAGGAGGGAGCUCUGAUCAAUGCAUUGAACAAUUUGUGGAGCAGUUGAUGUCUGCAGCUAAGAAAGGAGAAAGUAUUUGAAUGGGCAGUAGAUAGGAACAUUGUUUGGACUAGUCUGUUUCUCUUUUUACUGUGUGGUUUCCUCUAAAUUUUUCAUUGUAAUUUGUUGUUUGUUAUCGUCUAUGCUAGCAUUUUAUUGGCUA